AUGUCUGGUGGACGCUUCAUACUUUUGUUCCUUAUGGUGGGAGUUCUCAUCGCUGCUCAAUGCCUUGCUGAACAUCAUCAGCAUGAUCAUCGCAAAACAUCUCCACGACACAAGCCAAUUGAUACCUGUAAAAAAACAGCAGAACACAGCAGAUCUAUUAAACCACCCAAGGCAGAGAAGAAAAAACCUCCCGUACCUCCUCAUGAUAAAGAUAAGGCACCACAACAUGAAGUCCACAAAUCUCCUAAAAAAGGUGCUACUAAACCACCUGUUGGACAUGAAACAAAAUCGCCUCCCAGUAAAAAGGAUCUACCUGAGAAGAAGCUUCCCCCUCCUGGAAAGAAGCUUUCCCCAAUGCCGCCCCACAAACCACCCACGACAUCUUACAGAAUUUCUUGA